AUGAUAGGAGUGGAUGCUCCUGCGACUAAAUGUAUAGCUAACAAAAUUUUCUUCGUCGUUCCGACAGUUUUCACUGUGUGCUGCAUUAUCUCCGGUCUCCUUGCAACAAUGGUUGUUUUGGGGAGAAUGUUUAGCACUCCGAUCGCUUACAAGGAUUUUUUGAAUAUGAGGGAGGAAAUGUUGAAUCAUCAGGAUUCAGUGGACUCAGCAGUAGACAAGAGACAGCGAUCAUACUCUGGCACAUCCUCGAUAUCUGUCACAUCGGAGGAUUAUCUGCCUAAACCUUUGUGCCGGCGCCAUUCAGUCAGUUACAACAGCCUUUGCUCAAGACCACCAAGUGUGAAUCGAAAAUACAGCUACGCUUAUUCACAUUACAAUGCGUGUGAUUCUGACGAGGAUGAACAAAAUCGACAAUGA